AAAAAAAAAAAAAAAAAAAGGAAUGUACACAAGACGUCAACGAAGAUCAAACGACCGCAGCGGCUACAGGAACAACAGUCAGUCCAGAUACAAAGCUGUCUGCUGCCACGGAAGACGAGAGUUGUGUUAUAGGCGCCGGGAGUACAGCAGAUAUAUGGGACGGGACAGGGUCGGCGCUUGUUGAAACAGAGAUUGAGCGUGUAGGAAGAACGGCGAGAGAGAAUCAAAGCAGUUUGAAGAGAGAAGAGCGAGAAAGAUCAGAGAGAAAGAUCAGAGAGAUAUCAGAAAUAUCAGAAAUAUCAGAGGUUCGCAGGAACAGUGUGGCUUAAGCGAUCCACGAGGCGACGGGGCAGAAAAGAGCACGUCAGAGGCUCUG